GCAAUAAGGAGAGUAGAAGGAGGAGAAAGGAAAAGCGAGACCAACGACGGGACGAGUGACAAUUCUGUGGUGUAUCGCUUGCAAAAGACUCGAGGUGGCAUAAGAGGAGGAUCGGUAGAUUCGCGCGAAGAGAAAGUUACCAAGUUGUAUCGAUAGUCUCCAAAACGACGCGCGGAGGACAUCAAACGCGAUGGUGGAAGUUUUGUUGGAGCAGUGUGGCCAGGACGUGGCCGUGCCUGAGAACGGAUGCAAUCUAAACGAAAAUUCGACGGAAUGCUCGCCCAGUGACAAUUGCGACUCGACCGUCGAGGUGUCCAAACUAACGCCCAUACAAAAAUUCUACAAUGGCGAGAGCAUCUUCGUGACCGGCGGCACGGGAUUCAUGGGCAAGCUGCUCGUCGAGAAACUCCUCCGCGAGUGUCCUGGCAUCUCGUUCAUCUAUUUAUUGGUACGCUCGAAAAAGGGCAAGGACGUCCAUCAGCGCAUCGAGGAACUGUUCGACGAUCCGGUUUUUGGUCGAUUGAAAGAGCAGCAUCCGAAGUUCAGGCAUCAAAUUGUAGCGAUUUCUGGGGACUGCUACCUCCCUGGGUUGGGGAUCUCUCCUAACGACAGAGCUACAUUAAUUAGAGAAGUCUCGAUCUUCUUCCACGUCGCUGCGACCGUCAGGUUCGACGAGAAGAUGACAGUCGCGGUGCCCAUCAACGUGAGGAGUCCCAAGGCAGCGCUGAAUCUGUGCAAAGACAUGCCACGUUUGAAGGCGUUCGUGCACGUGUCGACGGCAUACGCGAAUUGUCCGCUGACCAGGAUCGAGGAGAGGGUGUACGAACCACCGAUGGACGGAGAUCAAUUGAUCGCUCUGACGGAGUGCUUGGACGAGAAAUUGUUGGACGAGAUUACUCCGCGAUUACUGGGUAUAUGGCCGAAUACGUACACUUUCACAAAAGCAGUGGCCGAAAGUAGCGUGAAGAAAGAUGCCGGUGACAUGCCCGUGGGCAUAUUUCGUCCCUCAAUUGUGAUAUCGACGUAUCAGGAACCACUCCGUGGAUGGAUCGAUAAUCUAUACGGACCGACAGGCGUUGCGGCUGGCGCAGGUACCGGGAUCCUUCGAUCGAUCCACUGCGACGGUUCGAUAGAGGCCAACGUUGUGCCCGGAGAUUUAACGGUAAACGCUCUGAUAGCCUGUGCUUGGGACGUAGCAAACCGUCGAAGAUCCUCGAUCACGCCCGGUGAGAAGAACAACGACGUGCCGGUGUACAAUUUCGUCUGCAGGGACAACUCCAUCACGUACGAUGAUCUGAAAAUCAAGUCCGAGAAAUACGGGCUCGAGUACCCGACCGGAAAGGCGAUAUGGUAUUACAGCUUCCGCAACAACAAACACAAACUGAUCCACUUGUUGUGCGUCUAUAUAUUGCACUUGAUGCCCGCCCUCAUCAUCGACACCAUCACAGUUUGUGUUGGCAAGGAACCCAGGAUGAUGAAGAUCUACAAAAAGAUACACAAAUUUAUGGACGUGCUAAAUUACUUCACCACGAGGCAGUGGGACUUCAUCAACGACAAUUUCAGGUCGGUGCUCGCCAAGAUGAGCCCCGAGGAUCGCGAAAACUUCGCCUGCGACAUCACGCGAGUCGACUGGGACAAUUACUUCCGGUUUUACAUACAAGGGAUUCGCAUGUACCUGAUAAAAGACCCGAUCGAAACUCUCGAGAAGGCUCGCAUUAAAUGGCACAGAUUAUAUUGGGUCCACCAGGCGUUCAAGCUGAUUCUGUCUUACGUUCUUUUGCGAAUAUGUUGGAUGUCGGUAGUUUACGUGUUGCGGGCUUACACGCGGCAAUCCGCGUAGCCAGUGUACGAGUGUAUUGAUAUAAUUAUUAAUAUUGCGUACGUGCAUGCGUGUGCGUGAGUGUACAGCGUCGAAUGGAUUAUUAGCCGUCGAAUCGAAUCGUGUCGACGCCGUUCGUCGGAUUCUAUACGGUGGCCCCCGCGUCUUUAGCCAAAAAAAUCACGCGGCCAACCUUCUGGUAUUUUGGACAGCUCGCGAGAAACGAGCGGGAAGAACAGGAAAGGGAUCGAAACAACCGACGCCGUGGUCGUUUUCUCGUUUGGACGUCUACGACAGCCGGGGAUCGUGGGACUCUUUCCGAGGAGGGCUGGAUAGUAACAAUUUUGGCCCCCGCGGGCCAAGGAAUAAUAUCGUGAAAAUUAACUGCGUACUUAUUUAUAAAAUGGAGAAUAAAAAUUUGUACAAUUUUUGUAUCAACAACGUACAGAAUAUAAUUGUAUAUAAACAGGCUCUUUAGGAAAUUAA